AUGGAAAGGAAGAUGCUGUGGACGCGAGGAAGAAAAUUGGGGAUGGGGGGCUUUGGUGUGGUGUCUUUAGCAAAGGAAUAUCAGGAAGGUAUUUUUAUGGCUGUCAAAUCUGCUGAGGUCUCUGUCUCACACUCCCUUGCCAAAGAGAAAAAGAUUCUUCAGCAACUUGAAGGCUGUCCUUACAUUCUUAGCUGUUUCGGGGACGGGCUUACGACUGAGAAUGGAAUUACGCUGUACAAUAUAAUGCUGGAGUUUGCAUCCGGCGGUAGCUUGGCUGACCGUGUAGAGGGGUCCGGUGGUAAAGGAUUGUCAGAGUUUAAGGUCAAGCAAUACACAAAAACGGUUCUCAUUGGUCUCAGUUACAUUCACAAGAUGGGUUACGUUCAUUGUGAUAUAAAGCCCCAUAAUAUUCUACUUGUGAGUGAGGACACUAAGAGUUUUAUUAUUCCGAGAUUGAAUUUGAAAAGGGACAAAGAAAUAGCAAAAAUUGCUGAUUUUGGGCUUGCAAUGAAGAUUGGAAAGAAGAGAAGUCCCAAGUUGAGGGGGACCGCUAUGUAUUUGGCACCGGAGUCAGUCCGUCAUCUAGAAUACCAACCUCAUUCGGAUAUUUGGGCACUUGGGUGCACUGUGUUACAGCUGAUUACUGGGACAUCUCCAUGGCAUUGUGAGCCACGCACUCAUCCUCGUGCUCUUUUGUAUCGCAUCGGUUGGGGUAAAAAACUGCCAAAGAUUCCAAGCUGGGUGUCUAAAGAGGCGAAAGAUUUCUUGGAGAAGUGUUUGGUUGAUGAUCCGAAGUCACGGUGGUCUGCCGACAAGCUCUUGGGCCAUUCCUUUGUGUCAUCUAUGGGCAGUGCUACUAAGGAUGUUAAAGAAGAAAGAAGCAAAGUUUUUCCAAGUGAAACAAGAAACGCAGCAUGUGUUUCAUCAACUCUGACUUCAUCACUUGAACAUCAAAUUAAACCUUAUAAGAUUAUGUCAAAGAGAAGGCUUGAUAGACAAAAACAUGAAGAGAAUUGCAGUGGUAAGAGAAGAAGAAAAAUGCAAGAGGUCCAGGAAUUAGCACAACAGCAGCCUAAUCUAACAUGCUAUCAACGUUACUGGGGAGCGAAGAGAACUGCAACAGUUAAUGAUUCAAGGGAUCCUGUCAAUUUCUCUUUGGGAGUGCGAUGCUAUGAUGCCAUGCAGGUUGUUACCCUCCUUCAGACUUAUAGCUUGCUUCAUCUGCGACUGAGGCGACCCCUUAGAUCUCAGCCACCUAUCCACCUGUCCUCAGAUUCCCGUGCUUCAGUAGGGAUAGGCCCCUUUCGAGGUCCUGCCUUCAUGACCUCGCAGGUUCCCAUCCCAGUUCUAUCCCGAGGUCUUCUUUGCCAAGAAGGGAAAUGUGUAAACAGUUCUAAACGUGCUGAAGUCCCUAGGAAUGUAAGGAAAGAUGAUGCUGAGGCGGCGCUGAAGCCACUGCAGACUGCAGUGGAUGGAGUUAAGGAAGAACUCAAGAAACUCAACAAGGGCGUGGGGGCGUUCUUGGAAGGAUUGAAGUCGUCAAAGUGA